AAAUUCGUUUUAGUGUCUUGUUAUCUUGCAUAUGAAAAAGUCCUUGUAAGUCAAUACCGAGUGAUAUGUUUUAUUCACCUUCUUCCUGUCUGCGAGUUGUUUUGCUUACAUUGUUGUACACGUGACAAAAUGAAAAAACAAAGAGGCGUUUAUUUUUGUUCCCGGUAACUUGCAGAGCGAUAAAAUGAUUAACAAUGAGUAAAUUAUAAUAUACAGGACACGCAGUCUUUUUCAUGCGCUUGUGUUGAGUGGUCAUUUCGCUCAUGUUUACAGUUUAUAUUUUUUAACAGAAAUAUUUAGUAACUUCUUAAUCGAAUGGUCAGUAGUCAUAAUACAUCAGUUUUUUGUGGCGUGCUAUAAGAAACUGGAUCAUUUGAGCAUUGAAUCGUGAUUCCACCGCGGGGGGAGAAUAUCAUGAGCAAAGAUCAGUUAGACAUUUUGAUAACAAAGAUAGUUAAGCCGUUGUGAAAAAUCAAUUAUAAACAAAGUCGAGAUCCAAGAUAAAGUCUUUAUUAAUAUAGAUAUUCCGUGCCACGAUGAGUUCACCGAGAUCCUGCGACACUUUUGUGGUUUUACCACCACUCACGAAAGAUAAUCUAGUAAUCUUUGGGAAAAAUUCGGACCGUCCACAGAACGAAGUCCAAGAAGUAAUUUGUAUAAGAGACCGAGCCCGCAAUAUAAAAUUAAAGUGUACUUACAUUACAAUUGAUGAAAGUUCCGAGCCAAUAAAUAGUGUGAUACUGAGCAAGCCUGCAUGGAUGUGGGGCGCUGAGAUGGGUGCAAAUGAUAAAAAUGUUGUCAUCGGUAAUGAGGCUGUUUGGACAAGCAACAAUGAAGGAGAAGGUGAUGCUCGGCAGAAGAGAUUGUUAGGAAUGGAUUUAGUGAGGUUGGGUCUGGAAAGAGGCAAUUCUGCUGAGAGUGCAUUGAAUGUGAUAACCAAUCUUCUAGAGAAACAUGGCCAAGGUGGGCCAUGCUCGGAGUUUGAUGACAGUCACUUCUAUCAUAAUUCCUUCCUGAUUGCUGAUGCCAAGGAGGCAUGGGUUUUGGAAACGAGCGGCAAACUGUGGGCUGCAGAAAAGAUUACUUCCGGCUACAGAAAUAUAUCUAAUGGAUUGACAAUAAUGACUAAAUUUGAUAAGUAUUCAAGGGGAUUGUUUGUUAAAGCCGAAGCAACUGGCUUCUGGAAUGGUCAAGAUGAAUUUGACUUCAUGAAGUGUUUCUCAUCGGGUGGAGAUGAGAAGAGACAGCAGGAGGGGGAGAGACUUCUGCGGGAGGGGACGGCACUGAGAUCCUUCGGAGUCAAGGACAUGUUCAAUGUUCUCCGCCACAAGGAAAGUGGCAUCUGUCGCGGCUGCGAAGACACAUUCCCUACUCAGGGCAGUCAGGUGUCAGCGCUGUCGUUUGACGGGCUGAGUGUGCAUUGGUUCACGGCGACUCCGGAUCCCAGCAUUUCCUAUUUUAAGCCGUUCGUCUUCACGCCCAAUUCCCAUGUCUCGCCUUACACUGAGAGCCCUAAUGAGCCUAAAAGAGAGCAUGACCUUUACAAGUUGCAUGCUAAAUGCCAGGCCAAAGAAAACAGCGAGGUGGUAUCAAAAAUACUACGCGAAAUGGAAGACAGCUGUUUGUUCGAAAUUGAAGAGUUUUUAAGUAAUUACGACCCAGAUAAUACUUCCUUGGAGGAAUUAGACAACUUAAUGAAGGAUUGCGUUGAUACUGAAGUUAAAUUGUACGAGUAAACUUUUGAAUUCUUUUAUACGGACAUGAUUCUUAAUAUAAAUAUUGGUUUUCGCUGACGUAACACAAAAACAUAUAGCUAUCCUUGUCUUAUCUCUAAUUCACUUCUAAAAAGGUAAGAGACAAAUAUUAAGAAUUUCACAGCAAACGAUAAUAUUUUGGUACAUAUCAGCAGUGGAAAUUCACAGUUAAAUUGCAUUGAAAGCUUUAUAUCUCUUAAUAUUUGAUUAAUUUUUCAUGUUUAUCCUACUUAAGUAUUUUUUUUUAAUAGAAUUAAGUAUUUUUUUGUGCUCUAAAUGUUAAGUUAAUUUUAAAAAUUUGAGCUUAUUGAUAAAUAGGCCGGCUUUGUGCGGGCAUACAGGCACCAGCUUUAUAAAUAUAGAAAUAUAUAAAUAUCUAUUUCUAUGAAUGUUUUAUAUAUUCACUUGUUAUGUUGGCAUUAUUUUCUAUGUACAAUAGUUAUAUAAAGGACAAAUUGUUCAGAUAAUAUUAUCAAUGUUUUAAAGCUAUUUUUUUCCAUUUUUGACAUUUCAUAUUAAUGGGGAGAAAAACUGCCUUUGUGAGCAAAGUUAUAGCAAAGAAUAGAUUGUGUGGUUAUAAAUAUACCACAAAUAUACAAAAAAAAACAUUUCUUUUAUACUAGCUGUCGCCCCCGACUCCGUCUGCUAGGACUUAAAACUCAAUGAGUAACCUAUAUGUUCUUCUGGACUAUUUUCUACAUCUGUACGAAAUUUCAUCAAGAUCCGUUGAGCCGUUCCGGAGAUACCUCCAAACAAACAUACAUCUAAACAUUGGCAUUUAUAUUAUUAUAGUAAAAUAUAAAGUAAUCUGUGGACUGCAGUCAUAAUAACGUCCGUCAAAUUUAACUGAAUUAAUUAACAUUAAAAUAAUAAGUUUUUUUUAACGUAGUUCGUAAAUUAUUUAUGACAAAAAAUAGAAAAGGGUGUUUUUUAAAUUGCAAGAAUGACGUAUAUAAUUUGACAGUUGACAGUUCAUUCUUGACACUACCGCCACCUACUUGGAGCUUUCAGUUUUUCUCUCCAUUAUAAAAAGUUAUAAUACAGUUGUAGUUUAAAUAAAAAAAAAUUCUAGAUAUUUCUAUGUAUUAAGUUUUUUUAAUACAAAAUAAUUUUAGACUGAUUAUAUUAUAGUUAUAUUUUUUUUUGUAAGAUUUAAAAGCGUAUUGUUUCGUGAGUACUUUGGAAAAGUCCUUUGGCGUUGGCUUUGAAAUUUGCUUUUGCAAACAUCUUAACAUUUAAAAAAAAA